AUGUCGUUUUCCAGGGUACCCGGACCCGAUAACCUUCACGUCGGAGGGGUUUGGGCUCUGAAUAUCGAAGGGCACCGUGACAAACUUUACCAACAGAAUGUCACUCAUGUGCUCUCUGUUAUCAAGUUCUCAUUUGACAAAUGGGCCGAGGAAGGAAAACGAUUUAAGCACAUGAGCAUCGAUAUUGAUGAUGACGAAGACUCGGAUAUACUAGUUCAUCUCUCAUCUGCUGUGCGCUUUAUCCGUAAUGGGCUCUAUCCGCCAGUCAACGGCGCCGAUGCAAACGCAUCUGUAGAAGCCAAAGAUGACGGAAAUUCCCCGGGCGGGGUAUUCGUACACUGUGCGAUGGGUGUAUCGCGUUCCGUAAGCUGUGUUAUCGCCUAUCUCCUGUACCAAUACCCUCACCGCUUUGGGGGUAAGCAGUUUACUCCUUCAGUCGCUUCAGCAGCCGAGCGGCGGCAAACCUCCAAGGAGGCCGUAGAGAGAGCUUUAGAGUGGGUUCGUCAGUCUCGUGAGCGUGCCGGACCCAAUUCUGGGUUUAUGCGCCAGCUCGAGCUCUGGUGGGAGAUGGGAUGCCCAGCUGAUGAUGACAGCGCUGUGGAGCGACACCCCAUAUAUCAGAAAUGGCUGUACGAAAGAAUGUUGAAGGAAUCUAGGGAUGUACAUCAAGCUCCAGAGGCUGAAAACAUCCGGUUCGAGGAUGAGGUGGACUUAGGAAACGAUGGUAUCGAAACCGGCGUAGACAAGAAUAUCGGCAAGGAGAUACGUUGCAAAAAGUGUAGACGUGUUCUUGCGACGCCGAAGUUUAUCGUGCCUCACGUCCCUACUGCGGGCCCAGAACCUCCAAAUUGUGCUCACGUUUUCGUCGAGACGCUCUCCUGGAUGCGGCCAGCGCUAGAAGACGGUGUGCUAGAGGGGCGUCUCUCCUGCCCAAAUGUUAAGUGUGGCGCCACGGUUGGUCGUUUUGCCUGGCAAGGCUUGAAAUGCAGCUGUAGCGAAUGGAUAGUCCCGGCCUUCUCGCUUAACCGGAGCCGCGUUGACGAGGUGGUUCCCCGGGGCACAGAUGCGCCUGCAAUCCGGCAACCACCUGGUCGAAACGGGAACCUAUAG